AACAAGAAAUCGAUUGAAAAUUACUAUCGGCCGCGUAUAGGCGGAGGAAAUAGCGUUUCUUUUGAUCACAAUAUUUUUUUUUUUGAUUUGGUUCCAUAAUUAAACGCAAAGGUGAAGUAGAGCGUAGCCACGAACAAAGGAACUGCGACCACAAACACCAUGCUGCGGGCGAUAGGCAAACGGGACAGGGACAUAUUUGACGAAGUAUGGCCUGAGAAGCGAAAAAUUGUGCUCAAGCUGCUGCGCCAGGAGACGGUAUCACAGCUCGAAUGGCAAGAGCUCUUCUUUGGCGUACACUUCGUGUGCCUUUGGGACGAGAAGGGUGCUGCCAAGAUAUACGACGGCCUCCAACAGGAUAUUGUCGAAUUCAUUGUUCAGGCCCAAUCCAAGGUGCAAGCGCAGCGGGGCGAACAAGCGCUAUUGGCCACCUACAUUGUAGAAUGGCGUAAAUUCUUCACACAGUCCAAUUACCUGCCGCUGCCCUUUCGACAGUUAGAGCAGUCGCCGCAAGUGAAGCCCGCGUCCAGUUCCAACUCCACGUCGUCAUCAACUGUCGGUGCCGGCGGGGCAUCCACCUCAAAUGCCGCUGCCUUAACCAGCAAUCAAACACCCUCACUCAGUUCCUCAUCAAAGCCCUCAACAUCGACAGCGGCAACGAGUGGUGCUUCCACCAGUGGUGGCGGCGCCAGCAAUUCAGCUGGGGGGUCCAGUUCCAAAAAGAGUCCCACCGAAGACAGUCCGGUGCGCAAAUUAAUGCUGGAUUCGUGGAACAAGCAUAUCUUUCAUGACAUCAAGGAUCGGCUUCAGGAGUCUGCCAUGAAGAUUGUGCACGCCGAACGCAAUGGCGAUGCGUAUGAUGCUCAACUGGUAGUCGGUGUACGUGAAAGCUAUGUCAAUCUGUCCUCGAAUGCGGAGGAUAAACUGGAAAUUUAUCGCGAGCACUUUGAGAAGGCCUAUUUGAAGGCCACCGCCGAUUUCUAUCGUCUCAAGUCCACUGAACAGCAACAGGAGAACGGUGUGCUGGCCUAUAUGAAGUACGCGGAUGCCAAGCUGCGCGAAGAGGAGGUGCGCGCUAAGCGUUACCUAGAGCCGAGCAGCUUUAACAUAUUGACAUGCCGUCUGGUCAAGGUGCUCAUUGUGGAUCAUCUCAAUUCGAUUAUAGCCGAGUGUCCGGCGCUGAUACGCGACUACGAGACGGAUCGCUUGAAUCUCAUGUUUCGCCUGAUGGAUCGUGUGAUGGAUGGCGAGGGUGUCGAGGCAAUGAUGGGCGAUCUACAGCGGCAUAUAAAAUCAGCUGGCCUGGCCGAUAUGCAGUCCGCCUCGGAGAUAAUCACACAGGACUCGGAGAAGUAUGUGGAACGACUGUUGGAGCUCUUCAACAGAUUUAGCGACCUGGUGCGCAAUGCCUUCAACGAUGAUCCGCGCUUUCUCACUGCCCGAGAUAUCGCCUUCAAAAUGGUGGUCAACGACACCAGUGUGUUCAAAAUGGAGCUGCCCACGAGCAUUGCCAAUCGCGGUGUCAAAUACACUGCGCCCGAAAGCAAAUGCCCCGAGCUACUUGCCAACUACUGUGACAUGUUGCUCCGCCGCACGCCGCUCAGCAAGCGCCUCACUAGCGAGCAAAUCGAUGCACGUCUGCGGGAUGUGCUGCUCGUGUUGAAGUAUGUCAACAACAAGGAUGUCUUUAUGCGGUAUCAUAAAGUCCAUUUGACGAGGCGUUUAAUCCUGGGCACAAGUGCUGAUAGUGAAAAGGAAGAGGAUAUCGUUGAAUGGCUACGCGAGGUGGGCAUGCCCGCGGACUAUGUCAACAGACUGGCACGCAUGUUCCAGGACAUUAAGGUCAGCGAGGACUUAAAUACUCAAUUCCGUAACUCUAUAAGUCGACAUGAUGCCAUCAAUAUAAAAAUACUCAAUGCUGGGGCGUGGGCGCGCUGUUCGGAACGCGUCUCAGUUUCGUUGCCCAUCGAACUGGAGGACUAUAUACCCGAUGUGGAGGAGUUUUACAAGAAGAAGCAUUCCGGCCGUAAGCUGCAAUGGUAUCAUCACAUGAGCAAUGGCACCAUCACAUUUGUUAACAAUUUCGGGCGCUACGAUCUCGAUGUCACAACAUUUCAAAUGGCUGUGCUCUUUGCUUGGAAUCAGCGCCAGCAUGACAAGAUCUCCUAUGAGAAUCUGCGUCUGGCCACCGAGCUACCCGAUCCCGAGCUGCGACGCACUCUAUGGUCGCUGGCCGCCUUUCCCAAGAUCAAAAAGCAAAUCUUGCUUAUGGAGCCAGUGGCCAUUAGUUCGCCCAAAGAUUUCGCUGAGAACACAAUGUUCUAUAUCAAUCAAGAAUUUGCAAUUGUCAAAAAUGGUAAAUCUCAGCGUCGCGGCAAGCUAAAUCUAAUUGGUCGCCUGCAACUAAGCACGGAGCGUUCGCAACAGGAGGACAAUCAGUCCAUUGUGCAGCUACGAAUAUUGCGCACCCAGGAGGCAAUCAUUAAGAUAAUGAAGGUGCGCAAGCGCAUGAACAAUGCGGCGCUGCAGGCGGAACUGAUUGAUAUACUGAAGAAUAUGUUCCUUCCGUCGAAGAAAAUGAUUAAGGAGCAGCUCGAAUGGCUUAUUGAACACAAGUAUAUGAGACGUGACGACGAUGAUAUCAACAUGUUUAUUUAUGUGGCCUAACUGUGAUGGCCUUUGCGUCCUUGCCUAGUAACCAUUUCCAUAUCCAAACCAAAACCCAACCACAGCCAACCUAAUGUUUAUACACGUAUGAUCUUUAACUCUCAAUUGGUUGCGUGCUCUAAGCUCGCGCUCCCUCCUUUCUUUCUCCCUUUUCCCCUCUACCUAUUUCUCUUUCCAAUUAUCGCAUUCAAUCCCCCAUUCUCUUGGGAUUUGUUUAGUUGACUGCGUCCUGGGCAUUGCUUUUCCCUAUUUGUAUUUUGUUUGUUUUGUGUAAACGCGUAAUUAUAUUUUAAUUUGGCCUAUUGGCUGCUUGGUUUAUCGUCUUAGCUAUAAUAUGUGCUGUAUGUGGCCGCCCCCUGAUAACGAUUACGAUUAACGCUAAUCUAUAAACAAAAACAAAUUACAUUUGCUGUUUUCCAUUUGUUUAUAUUGUGUAUUCUGAAUUAUUGUUGAAGUCAUUUUGUAAAGUCUUGUUGCACCCGGCAAACACUCACCUAUCACCCACGACCCGCCCCACAACGAUUGGCAUCUUGGGUUUGACUUUAGAACAACAAUAAUCGCUUGAAAGACACUGAGACAGACACAUACGAAGGCAAAACUAAAAUAGAAUAGCAAUAUUAUAUGUUUAAGCUAAUGAAAUUAUAAAGCAUAUAAAUUGUAUUUUAAAUAAAUUAAGUAUAAACACAAGACACUAUAUCUCCGGGGUGAAUAAAACAAAUG